AUGCUACGAGACCCCUUUCGGGACACGGAUGAUGUCCAGUGGCAGCCCAGCGAGCAUGUGCUGCAGCGCACAGCCGUGGUCUUUACUGCUUUCUUGAGCUGCUUUUUCGUGGCUGGACUGACGUUCGGAUUUUCCGCUUUAAUGCCGAGUCUAGUGGAUGACGGGGCUUUUCACGAGGAAUGCAUUCACAAGGAACGCAAGACUUGCCACGCGCAGCGUUUGCAUCUCGUUUGGGUUUUCACGCUGGGAUCAUCCGCCUCGGCACUUUCCACGCUGCCUCAGGGCAUCUUAUUGGAUUGGCUCGGACCCAGGAUGUGUGGACUGAUCUUCAAUGCUACUGUGGCUGCAGGAUGUGUGUUGUUCUCCAUGGGUGGGUCGGGGCUAUGGCAGGCUGCAUACACUAUGGGCUUCGUUCUGAUUGCAGUAGGGGGCUCCGGCGUUUUCGUGAGCACCAUCAGCUUCGGCAAUCUCUUCCCCAACAACUCUGGCCUCAUCUUGGCGAUGCUGGUUGCCUGCUUUGAUGCCUCGAUGGUCAUAUUCGAGUUGCAAGCACUUCUUAUUUUCUCGGGCAUGACCGUCCAAACUACUAUGCGUCUUUAUGCGCUUCUUCCUGCAGCUCUUGCAGUGGCAGCCAGUCUUCUCUGGCCCUCAGCAAACGUACCGGGCGCACAGGAGCGCCGUUCGGACGAUUCCAAAAGUACUGACUUCUGGGGCAAAGUCCUCAGCGCGGACUUCCUCCUCUUUGUCUAUGCAGCGGUGGUGGACGUGUUGUGCGUGAAUUAUUUCAUCGCAACGGUAUAUCCGCGGAUGCUGUCAGUGCAUCACCGCGACGCGAACAUGCUCAACUCGACUUUUGCAUUCCUCCUUCCGGCAGGAGAAGCAACAUGUUUGUUUUUUUGCGGGUAUAGGUACUGCAAACUAGCCAUUAAAUACCGGAUCUCUGGUCGUGUUGACAUGUACUGCUGUACUGUCCGAAACCCAACUCGCAUUCCAUCAGCUCUCGUUUAA